UCCGAUGCGUCAUCAUUCACUUCGAUUGACGGCUGCUAUCUGCAACUAUUAUUUGCGGCCGUUUUCUAAAAAACUUUAUUGAUUCUAAUAAGAAUAUUAGAGAUCUCCCAAAUACAUCAUGGGAGACUCUUUAGAUGGAAGUGAGAAUUCACCUGAGUCGCAAAAUGUCGUCGUUGUGGACUUCCAAGACUUUGCGAACUACUUGCGCAGAGCCGCAACGGUACUUUUGCCUGAAGAUGAUAUUGUUCCACCGGCUUUAAACGCUGCGUUGGACGACAAAGUGAACCAAGAUUGCAUUAGAAAGUUCUUCUCAGACCCUCAGGUGUCUUCACUGUACGUGCAAAGGUUUUCUUCCAAAGAAGAUGAUAGUGAACAGCCUACUGAAGGUGAAGAAGAGAAGGAGGCAGUUACUUACCAAAUCAGUAAUGAGGUUCACUUCUCAUCCUCCCGGGUGGCAGCCUUUGUGUGUAUCAAGCGUGGUGCAGUCAUUGAGGCUGACAAGUCCAUCCACAGUCAGCUGCGUCUCAUCAACCUGUCUGAUGGCUCUCCCUAUGAAACUCUCCAUGCUUUCAUUAGCAAAACCAUGGCUCCAUUCUUCAAGAGCUAUGUUAAAGAGAGUGGUAGGGCUGACAGGGAUGGAGAUAAAAUGGCUCCAUCAGUGGAGAAGAAGAUUGCCGAGUUAGAGAUGGGACUUCUACACCUCCAACAGAACAUUGAUAUUCCUGAGAUUACCCUGCCUGUUCAUCCCCUUGUAGCUGCUGUCAUCAAAAGAGCUGCAGAUGAAGGGCGCAAACCUCGUGUCGCCGACUUUGGAGACAAGGUGGAAGACUCAACAUUCCUCAACCAACUUCAGAAUGGAGUCAACCGCUGGAUCAAAGAAAUCCAAAAAGUCACCAAAUUGGAUCGAGAUCCUUCAAAUGGAACAGCCCUUCAAGAAAUCUCCUUCUGGCUUAACUUGGAAAGGGCUCUCCAUCGAAUCCAGGAGAAACGAGAGAGCAUAGAGGUGGCCCUAACCCUAGAGAUACUGAAGUAUGGUAAGCGGUUCCAUGCGACGGUGUCUUUUGACACGGACACCGGACUGAAGCAAGCUCUUGCAACAGUCUCGGACUACAAUCCUCUCAUGAAAGACUUCCCUAUCAAUGAUCUGCUUAGUGCCACUGAACUGGAAAGGAUCAGGUUGGCAGUACAGCAGAUUUUCUCCCACCUACGAAAGAUUCGUUCUACUAAAUACCCUAUCCAACGUGGUUUGAGACUUGUCGAGGCAAUCUCGCGUGAUCUCGGACAGCAACUCCUUAAGGUGCUUGGUACGCGUCGGCUGAUGCACAUUCCGUUUGAAGACUUCGAGCGCGUGAUGACUCAGUGCUUCGAAGUGUUCUCCUGCUGGGACGACGAGUACGAAAAACUGCAAGGAUUGCUUCGAGAUAUAGUGAAGAAGAAGCGAGACGAGCACCUGAAGAUGGUAUGGCGCGUGUCUCCGUCCCACAAGCGGCUGCAGGCGCGCAUGGAACACAUGCGUCGGUUCCGCAGGCAUCAUGAACAACUGCGCACUGUUAUGCUUAGGGUGCUCCGCCCCCGCGCUACAGUGGCCACGGACGCGGGUGCAGGCGGCGAGCCCGCGCAACCUCACUCUCUACCCAUGGAUGCAGCUGACGCUAAUGCCAUUGCUGAGGUGAACCUCGCGUACGAGAAUGUCAAGGAGGUAGAUUGUCUGGACAUAUCUCGCGAAGGAUGCGAUGCUUGGGAGGCCGCGGUCAGACGCUAUGAAGAUAGAAUCGAUCGUGUGGAGACCCGCAUCACGGCUCACCUCCGUGACCAACUGGGAACAGCGAAGAACGCGAACGAAAUGUUCCGCAUCUUCUCCCGGUUCAACGCAUUGUUCGUACGCCCACACAUCCGAGGCGCCAUUCGAGAGUACCAAACACAACUCAUACAGAGAGUCAAGGACGAUAUCGAAACUUUACAUGAGAAGUUUAAGGUGCAAUAUCCUCAAUCGAAGUGCAGCCGAUUGUCUUUAGUGCGCGAUCUGCCGCCCGUGGCUGGUUCCAUCAUUUGGGCGAAGCAGAUCGACCACCAACUCACGGCGUACUUGAAGAGAGUAGAGGAUGUACUGGGUAAAGGAUGGGAGAAUCACAUUGAAGGUCAGAAACUGAAAGCCGAUGGUGACAGUUUCCGUCUUAAACUGGAUACCCAAGAAGUCUUUGAUGAUUGGGCUCGCAAGGUCCAACAACGUAAUCUAGGUGUCUCGGGCCGUAUCUUCGCUAUUGAGUCAGUUCGUGCUCGCUCCAGCAAGACUGGCACCAUACUGAAGCUGAAGGUCAACUUCUUACCUGAGAUCAUCACCCUGUAUAAGGAAGUGCGCAAUCUGAAGAACCUUGGAUUCAGGGUACCACUGGCGAUAGUGAACAAGGCUCACCAAGCGAACCAACUGUAUCCCUUCGCGAUAUCUCUCAUCGAAAGCGUGAGGACUUAUGAACGAACGCUCGAGAAGAUCCGAGACAAGGCGUCCAUAAUUCCAUUGGUGGCUGGUCUCCGUCGUGAUGUGCUCAACCAAGUAUCUGAAGGCAUGGCUCUUGUAUGGGAGUCCUACAAACUGGAUCCUUAUGUUCAGAAGCUUAGCGAAGUGGUGCUUCUGUUCCAAGAGAAAGUGGAAGACUUACUAGCAGUAGAGGAACAGAUCUCCGUCGACGCUCGUUCCUUGGAGACCUGUCCGUACUCCGCAGUGAGUCUGGCGGACAUCCUCAGCCGGUUACAGAGGGCUAUUGAUGACCUGUCGCUGAGACAGUACAGCAACUUGCAUUUAUGGGUCCAGCGACUUGAUGAAGAGGUGGAGAAGAGCUUGGCCGCUCGUCUGCAAGCCGGUAUCGAAGCGUGGACAUCAGCUUUACUGGGCAAGAGUCAUGAGCUGGACCUGUCUAUGGACACCUACUCUCCCACGGAGCCUACCCACAAACCUGGUGGCGAACCACAGAUUGCUCGCGUCGUCCACGAAGUGCGCAUAACAAACCAGCAGAUGUACCUGUUCCCCUCCCUGGAGGAGGCUCGCUUCCAACUCAUGCGUCAAAUGUUCGCCUGGCAAGCUAUCGUCACUAGCCAACACCGCUUGCAAAGUACCAGAUACCAAGUUGGCGUAGCUCGGGCACAGACAGCGACCUACAGGAACCUGUUAACCAAAUUGCCCGCUGGAUCAUCUCCAUUGGAGAACGCAUAUGACGCUAUCGAACAGAAGAUCUCUCAAGUACGCGAAUAUGUCGACGAAUGGCUACGUUACCAAGCUCUCUGGGAUCUGCAGCCUGAAAGUCUGUAUGGUCGUCUCGGUGAAGAUAUCACUCUCUGGAUCAAAUGCCUGAAUGAUAUCAAAAAAUCCCGCACAACAUUCGAUACAUCGGACACCCGCCGUGAGUACGGGCCCGUCGUGAUAGACUUCGCGCGCGUGCAGAGCAAAGUGGCGCUGAAGUACGACGCCUGGCACAAGGAGGUGCUCGGCAAGUUCGGAGCCCUGCUCGGAGGGGAGAUGGUCACCUUCCACUCACAGCUCGCCAAGUCACGGAGCCAGCUUGAACAACAAACUAUUGAGGCCGCAUCAACCAGCGAUGCCGUAUCUCUCAUCACUUACGUGCAACAGCUGAAGAGGGAAGUACUAGCCUGGGAGAAGCAAGUCGAUAUCUAUAGGGAAGCUCAACGCAUUCUGGAGAGGCAGAGAUUCCAAUUCCCCGCGCAAUGGCUGCACGUAGACAACAUCGAAGGCGAAUGGAGUGCAUUCAAUGAGAUUAUGCGCAGAAAGGAUUCCUCUAUUCAGACACAGGUCGCGUCUCUCCAACAAAAGAUCGUGGCGGAAGACAAAGCCGUGGAGGCUCGUACUCUAGAGUUCCUCACUGAGUGGGAACGUAGCAAGCCCACUGAUGGGUCCACUAGACCAGAAGACGCUUUGGCCAGGCUCCAGGCCAUGGAAACCAGAUACACCAGGCUCAAGGAUGAAAGGGAUAACGUUGCUAAGGCUAAGGAAGCUCUUGAGUUACAUGAUACUGGAAGCUCAAUCAACAACGAGCGUAUGACAGUAGCGCUGGAAGAGCUGCAGGACUUGCGCGGAGUGUGGUCCUCACUCAGCAAGAUAUGGACUCAGAUUGACGAUAUCAGGGAGAAGCCUUGGUUGUCUGUACAGCCUAGGAAACUCAGGCAACAACUGGAGGCGAUGUUGAACGAACUCAAAGAGCUGCCGGCUCGUCUCCGUAUGUAUGACAGCUACGAAUACGUGCGCAAACUGCUGCAGUCCUAUACUAAGGUCAACAUGUUAAUAGUGGAGUUGAAGUCCGACGCUUUGAAGGAGCGUCACUGGCGCCAACUGUGCCGUGCCCUGAAGGUGGACUGGUCUCUGUCAGAGCUGACCCUGGGACAGGUGUGGGAUGCCGACCUGCUGCACAACGAACAUACAGUCAAGGAUGUAGUGUCUGUCGCUCAGGGAGAAAUGGCGCUUGAAGAGUUCUUGAAACAGGUGCGAGAAUCCUGGCAGAGCUACGAACUGGACCUGAUCAACUACCAGAACAAGUGCAAGAUCAUCCGCGGCUGGGACGAUCUCUUCAACAAAGUGAAGGAGCAUAUUAACAGUGUGGCUGCCAUGAAACUCUCUCCUUAUUACAAGGUGUUCGAGGAGGAAGCUCUAACUUGGGAAGAGAAGCUGAACCGUAUCAACGCUCUGUUCGACGUAUGGAUCGACGUGCAACGUCGCUGGGUGUACCUGGAGGGAAUUUUCAGCGGAUCUGCCGAUAUCAAAACUCUGCUGCCUGUUGAGACGAGCCGUUUCCAGAGCAUCAGCUCCGAGUUCUUGGGCCUGAUGAAGAAAGUCGGCAAGUCCCCGAUGGUGAUGGACGUGCUCAACAUCCCUGGAGUACAGCGCUCUUUGGAACGUCUCGCUGACUUGCUUGGAAAGAUCCAGAAGGCUCUCGGUGAAUACUUGGAAAGGGAGAGGAGCAGCUUUCCGAGGUUCUACUUCGUGGGAGACGAGGAUCUGCUGGAGAUCAUUGGUAACAGCAAGAACAUCGCUCGCCUGCAGAAGCACUUCAAGAAAAUGUUCGCAGGAGUCGCCGCCAUCAUACUCAAUGACGACAACACCGUUAUUAACGGUAUUGCUUCUCGUGAAGGCGAAGAGGUAUACUUCACCUCACCAGUAUCAACUAUUGAGAAUCCCAAGAUCAACUCCUGGCUAUCUAUGGUGGAGCGAGAGAUGCGCGUGACGUUGGCCUGUCGCCUCAAGGACGCUGUAGGUGACGUCAAGCAGUUCAAAGAUGGAAACGUCGACCCUCAGAAGUUUAUCGAUUGGUGUGAUAAGUAUCAGGCACAAAUCGUAGUCCUAGCGGCUCAGAUUCUCUGGUCGGAAGACGUAGAAGCAGCCUUGGCAAGCGGAGGUGGAGAAGGACUGAAGCGAGUCCUGGCACACGUGGAGAACAUGCUCAAUAUACUCGCCGACUCCGUGCUGCAGGAGCAACCGCCGCUUAGAAGGAAGAAACUCGAACAUUUGAUCAACGAGUUCGUCCACAAGCGUACGGUGACGCGUCGCCUGAUUGCGUCCGACGUGAACAGCCCGCGCUCCUUCGAGUGGCUCUGCGAGAUGCGAUUCUACUUCGAUCCCAGGAACAAUGAUGUAUUGCAACAACUCACCAUCCACAUGGCUAACGCUAAAUUCCUGUACGGCUUCGAAUACCUCGGAGUACAAGACCGCCUGGUACAGACUCCACUGACGGAUCGCUGCUACCUCACCAUGACGCAGGCUUUGGAAGCCAGGCUUGGAGGAUCACCAUUCGGUCCCGCCGGUACCGGUAAGACGGAGUCGGUGAAGGCUCUCGGCAACCAGCUCGGUCGGUUCGUGUUGGUGUUCAACUGCGACGAGACCUUCGACUUCCAGGCCAUGGGCCGUAUCUUCGUCGGUCUUUGUCAGGUGGGAGCCUGGGGUUGCUUCGACGAGUUCAAUCGAUUGGAAGAGAGAAUGUUGUCAGCCGUCUCGCAGCAAGUGCAGACCAUCCAAGAAGCUCUCAAGAGUCACCAGGAAGGAGACAAUACCAGCAAGUCCAUAACAGUGGAACUGGUAGGCAAGCAAGUCCGUGUGAGCCAAGACAUGGCUAUCUUCAUCACAAUGAACCCUGGAUACGCUGGACGUUCCAACCUGCCUGACAACUUGAAGAAGUUGUUCCGAAGCUUGGCCAUGACCACUCCGGACAGGCAGCUGAUUGCUGAAGUCAUGUUGUUCAGUCAAGGGUUCAGGACUGCUGAGAAACUCGCCUGCAAGAUUGUGCCGUUCUUCAAACUCUGUGACGAGCAGUUAUCCAACCAAUCGCAUUACGACUUUGGUCUGCGAGCGCUCAAGUCCGUACUCGUAUCUGCUGGUAACGUGAAACGUGACCGUAUUCAGAAGAUCAAGGAGAAUCUGAUUGAACGUGGUACUGAAGUUCCCGAUGAGGCGUCGAUUGCUGAGUCUUUGCCGGAGCAAGACAUUUUGAUCCAAUCAGUGUGUGAGACUAUGGUGCCGAAGCUAGUCGCUGAAGACAUACCGCUGCUGUUCUCAUUACUCAACGAUGUCUUCCCUAACGUUGGGUAUACUAGGGCUGAGAUGACUGGAUUGAAGAAUGAGAUCCGUGCGGUAUGCGCCGAAGAGUUCUUGGUUUGCGGAGAAGGUGACGAACAAGGAUCCACCUGGAUGGACAAGAGGCGCAGCGCGGCCACCCGCGCCCAGCACAGCACGUGGAUCGAGAAGGUCCUUCAAUUGUACCAAAUCUGCAAGUUGAACCAUGGUCUUAUGAUGGUCGGACCUUCAGGAAGCGGAAAGUCUACUGCGUGGCGCGUACUGCUUAAAGCACUUGAGAGAUACGAAGGCGUUGAAGGCGUGGCUCACGUGAUCGACCCGAAGGCGAUGUCCAAGGAAACACUGUACGGUGUACUGGAUCCUAACACUCGUGAAUGGACUGAUGGUCUCUUCACACAUAUACUCAGGAAAAUCAUCGACAACGUCCGUGGUGAAAUCAACAAGCGUCAAUGGAUUAUAUUCGACGGUGACGUAGAUCCGGAAUGGGUAGAGAACUUGAACUCAGUACUUGAUGACAACAAGUUGCUCACAUUGCCCAACGGAGAACGUCUGUCUUUGCCUCCUAAUGUACGAGUGAUGUUUGAGGUACAAGAUUUGAAAUACGCUACUUUAGCUACGGUCUCUCGUUGUGGUAUGGUCUGGUUCUCACAAGACGUGCUGACAACCGAAAUGAUCUUCGAGAACUAUCUUAUGAGGUUGAGAAACAUCCCACUCGAAGAUGGAGAAGAAGAUUCCUUCAGCAUCGUGAUGGCUGCACCAACUGCCGGUGGAGAUCAGAACGCCACAGAAAACAUUUUGUCUCCUGCUUUACAAACUCAACGCGACGUAGCCUCUAUUCUGCAACCCCUGUUCUUCGGCGACGGUUUGGUCGUCAAAUGUUUGGAACGCGCGGUCAGCCUCGACCAUAUCAUGGACUUCACACGCCAUAGAGCGCUGUCUUCUCUGCAUUCUAUGCUUAACCGUGGUGUUAGGAACAUCCUCGCUUACAACCGUCAGCACCCUGACUUCCCGAUCACAAAUGAACAGUUGGAAGCUUACGUACCGAAAUGGCUCGUGUACUCUCUGCUGUGGUCGUUUGCCGGUGAUGCUAAACUCAAGGAUCGCAAUGAACUCGGCGACUUUAUCCGAUCUGCCAGCACCAUGCAGUUGCCUAACUGUGGAGCUAACCAACACAUCAUCGACUUUGAGGUGGCAAUAACGGGCGAGUGGGUGCCGUGGUCGGCCAAGGUCCCCCAGAUCGAGGUGGAGACCCACAAGGUGGCGGCGCCCGACGUCGUGGUGCCCACGCUGGACACCGUGCGACACGAGGCACUGCUGUAUACUUGGCUCGCUGAGCAUAAACCGCUCGUACUCUGCGGUCCACCCGGUUCUGGUAAAACAAUGACCCUAUUCUCUGCACUCCGAGCUCUGCCAGACAUGGAAGUGGUCGGCUUGAACUUCUCCUCAGCAACUACUCCUGAACUACUGCUGAAGACUUUCGACCACUACUGCGAGUAUAGGAAGACUCCCAAUGGAGUUGUUCUGGCUCCAGUACAGCUCGGCAAAUGGCUAGUACUGUUCUGUGACGAAAUCAACUUGCCGGACAUGGAUCAGUACGGAACACAGCGUGUCAUCUCCUUCUUGAGACAGCUGCUCGAACAUAAGGGCUUCUACAGAGCCAGUGACCACUCGUGGGUCCACUUGGAGCGCAUCCAGUUCGUGGGUGCGUGCAACCCGCCCACGGACCCCGGCCGGAAGCCGCUCUCUCACAGGCUACUGCGACACGUGCCCGUUAUAUACGUCGACUACCCUGGAGAGACUUCUUUGGAACAGAUCUACGGCACAUUCACCCGCGCCAUGCUACGUAUGCAGCCGGCUCUGCGUGGGUACGCGGAGCCUCUAACUCAGGCCAUGGUGAAGCUAUACCUCGCCUCACAGGAGAGAUUCACUCAGGACAUGCAGCCGCACUACGUAUACUCGCCUAGAGAGAUGACUAGAUGGGUGCGGGGCAUUUGCGAGGCUAUUAGGCCUCUUGAUAACCUGAACGUCGAAGGUCUAGUAAGGUUAUGGGCGCACGAAGCCCUGCGUCUGUUCCAAGAUCGUCUGGUCGAUGACACGGAGAGACAAUGGACUGACGAGAACAUCGACAACGUCGCUAUGAUGUUCUUCCCAGGUAUUAACAGGGAGCAGGCAUUGGCUCGUCCUAUUCUGUACAGCAACUGGCUCAGUAAGGACUAUGUGCCAGUACACAGGGAUCAACUGCGUGAAUAUGUCAAGGCUAGAUUGAAGGUGUUCUACGAGGAAGAAUUAGACGUGCCCCUGGUACUGUUCGACGAGGUCCUGGACCACGUGCUACGUAUCGACCGUAUCUUCAGGCAGCCGCAGGGACAUCUGCUGCUCAUUGGAGUCUCCGGCGCUGGUAAAACGACGCUCAGUCGCUUCGUCGCCUGGAUGAAUGGACUUAGCAUCUUCCAGAUUAAGGUGCACAACAAAUACACGGGCGCGGACUUCGACGAGGACUUGCGUUCAGUGCUGCGGCGCGCCGGGUGUCGGGACGAGAAGGUGGCCUUCAUACUCGACGAGUCCAACGUACUCGACAGUGGCUUCCUCGAGAGGAUGAACACUCUCUUGGCUAACGGAGAAGUUCCCGGUCUAUUCGAAGGAGAUGAGUUUGCGGCACUUAUGACUCAGUGCAAAGAAGGUGCACAGCGUGAAGGCUUGAUGUUGGAUUCCAACGACGAGUUGUACAAAUGGUUCACCGGCCAAGUAAUGCGCAACCUGCACGUGGUGUUCACAAUGAACCCGUCAUCCGAAGGUCUGAAGGACCGCGCCGCCACCUCGCCCGCUCUCUUCAACAGAUGUGUGCUUAACUGGUUCGGAGACUGGAGCGAUGGUGCUCUGUUCCAAGUCGGUAAAGAAUUCACUCAGCGCAUGGACCUGGACUCAGCUGAAUACACCCCGCCGGACGGGUUCCCGUCAGCGUGCGGCGAGGUGGGCGAGCGACCCUCGCACCGCGAGGCCGUGGUCAACGCCUGCGUCUAUGUACACCAGACCUUACAUAGGGCCAAUGCUAGUCUCGCCAAGAGAGCCAACCGUACUAUGGCUAUUACACCUCGCCACUACCUAGACUUCAUCCAACAAAUGGUGAAGCUAUACGCGGAGAAGCGAGCGGACCUGGAGGAGCAACAGCUGCACUUGAACGUCGGUCUCGGCAAGAUCGCGGAGACUGUCGAACAGGUUGAAGAGAUGCAGAAGAGCCUCGCUGUCAAGUCACAGGAACUGCAACAAAAGAACGAAGCCGCUAACGCCAAGCUGAGACAGAUGGUGAAAGACCAACAGGAGGCUGAGAAGAAGAAGGUUGAGAGUCAAGAGAUUCAGGUGGCUCUAGAAAAACAAACGAAGGAGAUAGAAGCGAAGCGUCGCGAUGUAAUGGCCGACCUCGCGCAAGUGGAGCCCGCCGUCAUUGAGGCGCAAAAUGCGGUCAAAUCUAUAAAGAAGCAGCACUUGGUGGAAGUGAGAUCUAUGGGCAAUCCGCCGGCGCUGGUCAAGGUCGCUCUGGAGUCCAUCUGCCUGCUCCUCGGGGAGAAUGCGACGGACUGGAAGGCCAUCCGCGCCGUCAUCAUGCGGGAGAAUUUCAUCAACAGCAUCGUCUCCAAUUUCUCCACCGAGGACAUAACUGACGAUGUUCGCGAGAAAAUGAGGACCCGUUACCUCUGCAACCCUGAUUACAACUUCGAGAAGGUCAACAGAGCCAGUAUGGCUUGUGGUCCUAUGGUCAAAUGGGCCAUCGCUCAGAUUGAAUACGCAGACAUGUUGAAACGUGUGGAACCGUUGCGCAAUGAGCUCAAAGCUUUGGAAGACCGCGCACAGAGCAAUGUGACGGCUGGCAAUGAAGUCAGUGAGCUGAUCGCACAGCUGGAGAAAUCUAUUGCGUCAUACAAGGAAGAAUACGCUCAGCUCAUUAGCCAGGCUCAAGCCAUCAAGACUGAUUUGGAGAAUGUUCAGGCUAAGGUGGACAGGUCCAUUGCUCUAUUGAAGAGUUUGGUGAUCGAGCGUGAACGUUGGGAGUCUAGCUCGGAGACAUUCCGCUCACAAAUGAGCACUAUCGUCGGAGAUGUGCUGCUGUCUGCCGCCUUCAUUGCUUACGGUGGAUACUUCGAUCAACACUACCGUCAAAACCUGUUCACUACGUGGACAGCACACUUGGCGGCUGCGAACAUCAAGUACCGCGCAGAUAUUGCUCGCACGGAGUACCUCAGUAACCCAGACGAGCGACUGCGCUGGCAGGCAAAUGCACUACCUACCGACGAACUAUGCGUGGAGAACGCUAUUAUGCUAAGGCGCUUCAACCGCUACCCGCUGAUCAUCGAUCCUUCUGGCCAAGCGACAGAGUUCAUAAUGCGAGAGUUCAAAGAACGCAAGAUCACAAAGACCUCGUUCCUCGACGAUUCGUUCAGAAAGAAUCUGGAGUCUGCUCUGCGUUUCGGAAACCCGCUGCUCGUACAAGAUGUAGAGAACUACGACCCGAUCUUAAACCCUGUCCUGAACAGAGAGCUCCGUCGUACUGGUGGCCGUGUGCUCAUCACUCUCGGAGACCAGGACAUUGAUCUCAGUCCGUCAUUCGUCAUCUUCCUUAGUACCAGGGACCCAACUGUAGAGUUCCCUCCGGACAUGUGUUCUCGAGUGACGUUCGUGAACUUCACGGUGACGCGGUCCUCGCUGCAGUCUCAGUGCUUGCACAGAGUGCUCAAGGCUGAGAGACCUGACAUCGAUACCAAGAGGUCCGACCUGCUCAAACUUCAAGGCGAGUUCCACCUACGUCUACGUCAGCUAGAGAAGUCUUUGCUCCAGGCUCUAAACGACGCUAAGGGUAAGAUCCUUGAUGACGACUCCGUCAUUGCGACCCUCGAGACCCUGAAGAAGGAAGCCGAUGACAUCGGACAGAAGGUUGAGGAGACUGACAAAGUUAUCGCUGAGAUUGAAACUGUCAGCCAACAAUACUUACCGUUGUCGCAAGCUUGCAGCAGCAUCUACUUCACGAUGGAGUCGCUCCACCAGGUACACUUCCUGUACCAGUACUCCUUGAAGAUGUUCCUGGACAUCUUCAGCUCCGUGCUGGUCUGUCCCAUGCUCAGUGGUAUCACUGAUUACACUGCUAGGCUCAAGAUCAUCACUGAAGAACUGUUUGCUGUGGUAUACGAGCGAGUAGCGCGUGGUAUGCUUCACACAGACCGGUUGACCUUCGCGCUACUGCUGUGUCGCAUACAGCUCAAGGGUACCGGCGCUGAGGAUACACUAGACCGGGCCUUCAACGUCUUCCUCGGAGGCAAGGAGGGCUUCGUCUCUACUACUGACCCUAUCGAACCUCUUACUCACGCGCAACACGAUGCUGCUGCUAGACUUAGCUCUAGGAUGCCCCACUUCCGGCGCCUGCUGUCGAAGGUGAGCGAGCUGCCGGAGCUGUCGGCGUGGCUGUCGCAGGCGGCCCCGGAGCAGUGCGUGCCCACGCUGUGGGACGGGGAGCCCGCCGCGCCGCCCGCGCCGCAUACGCUCGCCAUGUACCGGCUACUGCUCAUACAGGCGUUCCGUCCGGACCGUGUAAUAGCAGCAGCAACACAGCUGGUGACAGCAGUACUGGGUGCCGGGUACAUGGCUAAGGCGGAGACAGAGCUGGACUUGGCUUCCAUCACCGAGACACAGCUCAACGCUACCACGCCCGCGUUAUUGUGCUCCGUACCUGGAUACGAUGCUAGCGGUCGUGUCGACGACAUGGCAACUGAAUUGAACAAGCCACUGUCCAGCAUCGCUAUUGGUUCUGCUGAAGGUUUCAACCAGGCGGAGCGAGCCAUCAACACUGCGUGCAAGACUGGACGCUGGGUAAUGCUAAAGAACGUGCACCUAGCCCCCGUAUGGCUGGUGCAGCUGGAGAAGAAGCUGCACUCCCUGCAGCCACACCCCAACUUCAGGCUGUUCCUCACCACGGAGAUCAGCCCCAAGUUGCCCGUCAACUUACUGCGGGCCGGCAGGGUACUGGUGUUCGAACCCCCGCCCGGUAUCAGGGCUAAUCUGCUCAGGACUUUCGCUACUGUGCCGGCAGCGCGUAUGAUGAAGCAACCAUCGGAACGUGCAAGACUGUACUUCCUACUGGCUUGGUUCCACGGUAUCGUACAAGAACGUCUGCGCUAUGUGCCGCUCGGCUGGGCCAAGUACUACGAGUUCAAUGAAUCGGAUCUGAGAGUUGCUUGCGACACUCUGGAUACUUGGAUCGAUGCUACUGCUAUGGGCCGCACCAACCUACCACCAGAGAAGGUACCGUGGGAGGCACUGGUCACUCUCCUCUCCCAGUGUAUCUACGGAGGCAAGAUCGACAACUCGUUCGACCAACGUCUGCUGCACUCCUUCCUCUGCAAGCUAUUCACGCCGAAAUCAUUCGAGGCUGACUUCGCGCUGGUCGCUAAUGUUGAUGGGGCAAGUGGCAACCAACGUCACAUUACGAUGCCGGACGGCAACCGUCGUGAUCACUUCCUGAAGUGGAUUGAAGAUCUGUCUGACAGACAGACGCCGUCAUGGCUCGGACUGCCGAACAACGCUGAGAAGGUGCUCCUAACAAACCAAGGCAGUGACUUGGUGUCCAAGCUCCUGAAGAUGCAGCAGCUGGAGGACGAGGAGGAACUGGCUUACAACGCUGCGGCACAGGAUCAUGAUGCUGUCGCAGACUCGAUGGUCGCUGGCCGACCCGCCUGGAUGAAGACGUUGCACGCAACAGCCACCAACUGGUUGCAACUGUUGCCGAAGGAACUGCCGACACUACGUCGUACUGUGGAGAACAUCAAAGACCCACUGUACCGAUUCUUCGAGCGUGAGGUCGCUGCCGGCGCGUCGUUGCUGCAACAAGUGUUGCACGAUCUACGCAACGUUCUUUCUAUCUGUCAGGGCGAGAUGAAACAAACCAACGAGACGCGCGCGAUGGUGGGCGCGCUGGUCCGCGGCAUGUUGCCGAGCAGUUGGCGGCGGUACGCCGUGGCGCGCGGCUGCACCGUGCAGCAGUGGGUCGGCGACUUCGCGCACCGCGUCACGCAGCUCGCCGCUGUCUCUGAUGCUGUGUCCGCGCAGGGGGCCAAGCGGCUGCAGAGUAUCCCAGUAUGGCUUGGCGGUCUACUGAACCCCGAGGCUUACAUCACGGCCACUCGUCAAUGCGUCGCUCAGGCCAAUUCCUGGUCUCUUGAGGAACUGCAUCUUCAGGUUACCAUCCCUGACCCCGGCACUCCAACAGAGAACGCUCAGACUGAAUGGUCGUUCUCUGUGACUGGUCUGAAGCUACAAGGCGCCACUGUGAAGGGCAACAGACUGCUUCUCACCAACACUAUCAUGGUGGAUCUUCCUCUCACCGUGCUUACUUGGAUCCGUGGCCCCGAAACCUCAACUGGCGGUCAGUCCCUGACGCUCCCAGUGUACUUGAACAGCGCUCGCUCCGAGCUACUGUUCACGGUGCGCCUGCCCAUCGCGCCCGGACAGGAGCCCCACGCCUUCUACGAGAGGGGCGUAGCCCUACUCACCUCCACUGCACUUAACUAAACAGUUAUACAAAAAUACUUUAUUUUAUUUUAAGUUAUUAAAAACUUCAUUAUGUAAUCGUUACAUUAGCUUAGCACUUUAUAUUUAUGAAUUAUUUAUCUUAAAUAAUCGCUUAAUGUUGUGCACUCUUAUCUUUAUGAGCAAACAAUAAACAAAAUAAUAAUAAAA